AGCUUGUUGUUCUACCAAAUGAGCACUUGAAACAUACAUGGACUGCAGAAUUCUAUCAUUGAAUAAGUCCUGUAGCUUGGCUAGUAAUCUUCCGGCACGCAAUACUCUAUUUUAUCGGAAAUAUUCUUAUCUGCCUGCAGGGUUACUUCGUAAGUCAAUUAGGUGCUCAAUGAAGUCGUAUCGGUUAUCAGAGCUUACAACUUCUGAGGUUGACAGCCUCAAAGCUCGUCCUCGCAUUGAUUUUUCCUCCAUUUUCAGCACAGUUCAACCCAUUGUUGAUGAUGUUCGUAAUAGAGGUGAUGCUGCAGUUAAAGAUUACACGUCACGGUUUGACAAAGUUGUACUGGAUAAGAUAGUUGAAGAUGUCAAUGAGCUCCCAGAUCCUAAGCUUGAUUCAUCUGUUCGAGAAUCAUUUGAUGUGGCAUAUGACAACAUUUAUGCCUUUCAUGCUGCUCAAAAGCCUGUUGAGAAAGUUGUGGAGAACAUGCAGGGUGUCAGAUGUAAACGUGUGGCUAGGAGCAUUACAGCUGUAGGGCUUUACGUUCCUGGUGGAACUGCUGUUUUGCCUUCUACAGCUCUGAUGCUUUCAGUUCCAGCACAAAUUGCUGGGUGUAAAACAGUUGUACUGGCAACUCCACCUUCUAAGGAUGGCAGCAUUUGCAAGGAAGUACUUUACUGUGCUAAGAAAGCAGGUGUGACCCACAUCCUUAAAGCUGGAGGUGCUCAGGCAAUUUCUGCAAUGGCCUGGGGCACUGAAUCAUGCCCAAAGGUUGAGAAGAUAUAUGGGCCUGGGAACCAGUAUGUCACUGCUGCAAAAAUGAUUCUGCAGAACAGCGAAGCUAUGGUUUCAAUUGACAUGCCCGCUGGGCCUUCCGAAGUCCUUGUUAUAGCUGACAAGCAUUCCAGUCCUGUCCAUGUGGCAGCAGAUUUACUUUCACAGGCAGAGCAUGGGCCAGAUAGCCAAGUCGUACUGGUUAUUGCUGGGGAUGGUGUUGAUCUAAGUGCUAUUCAAGAGGAAAUUAGGAAGCAGUGCCAAGCUCUUCCAAGGGGAGAAUUUGCACUUCAGGCACUUAGCCACAGCUUCACUGUGUUAGCACACGAUAUGUUGGAGGCAAUUUCCUUCUCAAACAUGUAUGCGCCUGAGCAUCUGAUAAUCAAUGUGAAUGAAGCUGAGAAGUGGGAAAGUUUAAUUGAGAAUGCAGGUUCUGUAUUUAUGGGACAGUGGACACCUGAGAGUGUAGGAGAUUACGCAAGUGGAACUAACCACGUACUUCCAACCUAUGGAUAUGCACGGAUGUAUAGCGGGGUUUCUUUGGACUCUUUCUUGAAGUACAUCACUGUGCAGUCUUUGACAGAAGAAGGGUUGAGGAAUCUUGGCCCUUAUGUAGAGAAGAUGGCCGAAGUUGAGGGUUUAGAUGCCCACAAGAGGGCUGUAACCCUCAGACUGCAGGACAUAGAAGCGAGGCAAGUAUCACACUCAAAAUGAUCCUCUACUUGUAUGUGUGAAAGAAAAAUAUUGAGCAAUUCAACCUUACAUGCAAAUCUAAGGUAGUUUACAGUUUUGUUGAGGGGGUUCGAGCUCUACAUUACCUGCACUCUGAUUUUUAUCCUUCCAAGUGUUGAAUCAAACACACACUUGGAAGAAAAAGAAGUAAUGGCAAUGAGUACCAUGGAUGAGCGAGUUCAUCUGCUGUAUUUGUCAGAAAUAAAUUUAAACCAGAUAUCUGAGAAGGUGUUUUCAUCAAAUCUGGCUGUAGUAGAUCUGAGAGUUGUAUUUUAAUUGGGCUUUUGCCAUGUCUUGUAACAAAAGUUGUAUUGCAACAAGAUUGUAAUAUUUUGGUUUGAACGUGUAAUUGUUGUGGUGACAAAAGGGCAAUUAAGCUACAGAUGGCGAAGUGCUAAUUUGAAUUGCAUGGGGUAAUGCCAAUUAAGGGGUAAAACACUUCCUACCAAGAACAUUCGAUAGAAAUGUUCCAACGAUUGGUUAUGCGAUGUUAGACGACAGUUCAACUGA